AUGCUUGCUUCUCUUCAAGUUCCUCGACCUUUACUUCUGGGAAUACUCAUUGGAUUCUCCAUCUCGGUAUCAUCGACUGCCGUAUUCGAUUACUUUCAGCGCAGGCGACGAAGGAUAGCCUCUACCCAAGAGGAGCUAGCACCUGCUUCAGACAACCGACCGAUUGAGCUCCGAAAGGACGACGUUCUUGAUGGCGUUGUGGGCCUCAUAGGUGCGAAAAGAGCAACACAAUACAUACUACCGACUUACAAUCUUCAGGAAAUACCCCUCUUAUCCGUAUCGCGUCUCUUUCUGAUGCUUUGGGUGUUGACAUCCUCGCAAAAGCAGAGGCAUUUUCUAAACCCUGGAGGCAGCGUUAAGGACCGGGUGGCUGUUCGCAUCAUUGACGAUGCGGAGCGUCUUGGACUUCUCUGGCCUCAUAAAGGAUAUCGGAUAUUUGAGGGCACCUCUGGGUCUACCGGAAUAUCUGUGGCCAUGGUGGCUCGUGCAAAGGGCUACGAUGCUACCAUCAUCACACCCGACGACAUGGCCAAGGAAAAGCUACAUGCGCUGCUCACACUAGGCGCAGAUGUAGAACAAGUACGGCCCGCAAGUAUCGUGGACAAGAAACAACUGCGCACAAAUAUCGCUCGACAACGGGCUCUACAAUUCGCUCCUUCUAUAUCUAACGACGACCAAUCCGAAUCCGUAAUUGUAGAAUCUGGUCCGCGCCAUGGCUUCUUCGCAGAUCAGUUUGAGAACAAGAGCAACUAUGACGCGCAUUUCACUGGGACAGGUCCAGAAAUCUGGAGGCAGACCAAUGGAGAUGUUCGUGCUUUUGUGAGCGGAGCAGGAACCGGCGGAACUAUUGCCGGAGUUGGCCGAUUUCUCAAGGCAAGGAACAAGGAUAUCGUGGUAUGUUUGGCCGACUGCGAAGGCAGUGGGUUGUACAACAAGGUAAAACACGGGGUUAUGUAUGACCAUCGAGAGAAGGAAGGCACGAAGAGGCGGCACCAGGUUGACACAGUGGUCGAGGGAAUUGGUCUGAACCGGCUAACCAAGAACCUCGAGCUCGCCUUGCCAAUCAUUGACGACGCCGUCCGUGUAACAGACCCGGAAGCAGUCGCUAUGGCACGCUAUCUGGUUAAACACGAUGGCCUCUUCGUUGGCUCGAGCAGCGCUUGUAACCUUGUUGCCUGCGUCCGCCUUGUCCGCAAAAUGGGAUGGAGUCGUGGUGAAAGAGUUGUCACUGUUAUGUGCGACUCUGGGGCAAGGCAUUAUUCCAAAGUAAGAGUUUUUGGUAAGAUGGGCUGUGUUCCGACCACAUUGCCUCUAAUUAUUCAUAUUAGGAACGACGAAUAUUUGCACAACGAGGGCAUUCCCAUCGACAUCGGUGUUGUCGAGAAGAUGUUGGGUACGGAAGGGAGUCUAUACAGUGCCAUGCUCGAGCGAUCUCAGUCGGAGGAAGAUCGCAGGCUUUCCCAUAUCACUUUGGUGUAA